AUCGAGUAGAUGGAACAGGUCAAAUGGAUUAAACAGCUCUGCCGAGUGCGAGCUUUCUCUAUUGUGAGCAGAUCAAGGCGACAGGGUGGGCCUACACCGCGAGCCUCGCCCACGAGGCGCCGCCCUCCUCGUCUCUUUCAACUCCGGCUGCUGCGUGGCCGCGCGAGAGCAACUGCCGAUUGUUGCACGUCUCCGAACUCCGACGGUGGUUCCGGACGUGGCGUAGCGUGGCGUGGCGUGGCGUGGCCUGUUUGGUCGGGCUGGGAUAAGAUCCAACCUUGUCCGUUCAUGCUGGAUAGGAAUUGGUAGACACCUAGACACCGAAGCACUCAAGCCAUGAGCCAUGGAUGCAAGCGAGCACGGCCAAGCUUUUAGCUUUUCUUCUUUAUCGGUCAUGGAUUUCGUAGACCGUAUUAUUAUGCUUUUUGGCAUCCAAUCACAGUCUAGUUUGUGGAUAAUCUAACAAGGAGCCCCGUGUCCAAGAAGCUGCCGUGGUGAAUCGACGACAAAACCAAGCCCAAAGAUGGCUCCUUUUCCACCUUUCUUUACUGUCUCCCUUGUCUUUGCUGAUCUACCGCCUGAGCGGCCGUCGGAUCGCCACCAGUUCGAUCUGUGAUUUGCUAGGGAGGUAGAUGUCGCUGCGUGUGGAGCAAGACUACAUAGGCUCCUCGGAGCGGGAGUUUUCCGUUGGAGGCGGCGAGGAAGGGGCUCUCAACCUCAGGGCGACGGAGCUCAGGUUGGGGCAGCCUGGGUCAGAGUCGCACCACCGGGACGACAAGGUCGGGCUAACCCUAGAUCUUCUCCCCAAGAGCUUCGCCUCCGGCGCCAAGAGGGGGUUCUUCGACGCCAUCGAUAAUGCCGGGAAGUGGGAGUGGGGCCUUGCGGCCGGCGAGGGCGGGUCUGAGGUGGACUUGGCGAAAGGCGGCUGCUUGUUAUCGACCUCGGGCCAGGCCUCAGAACAAGGGAAUGUAGGGAAGGUGGCAGCUCACUGCGGUGGUUCCAUUGGGAGAGAUGGCUCGGUGGCUCCGGCGGCGAAGGCACAGGUGGUUGGUUGGCCACCGGUCCGAAGUCAUCGAAAGAAUAGUACCAUGGCCACAAAUCCAUCGAAAACUAAAGAUGAUGCCGAGGGUAAACAAGGGCUAAAUUGCCUAUAUGUGAAGGUUAGCAUGGAUGGAGCUCCUUAUCUUAGAAAAGUUGAUCUCAAAAUAUACAAAAACUACAAAGAACUUUCAUUGGCACUCGAGAAAAUGUUCAGAUGCUUCACGAUCGGUCAGUGUGAUUCUCAAGUAACACCAGGCAAUGAGGGAUUAUCUGAGAAUCGUUUGACUGACCUUCUAAAUGGUUCUGAAUACGUACUUACUUAUGAAGAUAAGGACGGAGACUGGAUGCUUGUUGGUGAUGUGCCAUGGGGGAUGUUCACAGACUCCUGUAGGCGGCUUCGGAUCAUGAAAAGUUCGGAUGCUAUUGGUCUAGCUCCAAAGGGCACGAAGUCCCGGAACCACAACUAGACGCGUGACACACAUGAAUCAGAAGCUGCAGGUGCGACUGCAAAUAGAGUCGAAGGGGUUUUAGUUAGCAAUUGUUUGAUGUAUCUUGUGAGUAAGACUUGCAAGUAGGUUCCCUAUCUUGUUUUGCGAAAUAAGUUUAGACUAGUCUGCCUCCUCCAUGCUUCUUUCGUUUCUGCAAUGUAAAUGGUAGUCUUGCUGCUUGCGACAUUUGAAUGUUAUUAUUGGCUGUAAAGUAGGCCUUCUAUACGAAUACCAUUGAACGCCUGACUGUUCGUCUAACUUCAUAUGAUGAAAAGACUAUAAUUUUGUCAA